AUGGUGCGAUGUUUCGUAUUACACGAUGUCCAAUCACAAUGUCAACAUUAUGCGGGACAAAGAAAAAGAGAAAUAAUAAAUAAGCGUGAAGACGGCCUUCAUGGCUCUGAUACUGAUAGUGGUGACAUUCCUGAAACACAAGUUCCUGAGAUGCAAGAAGAGGAAGACAUAUAUCAUGUAACAGUUGAUGAUGAUACACCUCGUGUCAAUGAUGCGGUCCAAAAUCCCGCCCGAAGAGGCCAGCAACGAUCAAGGUUAAAUUUGCAGACAAACGCUAGACGUGGGAGUACUUCAGAAAGAUUAGGUCAAAUGUCACGACCUUCUACUGGUGGUGGUUCACGAGAAGAUCAGAGAAGACAAUCAUUUGAAACAACCAUACAAGACACUAAAGCUAGAUAUAUAGAGUUCCAACGAAAAAGUUUGCAACAACUUCACCCAGGCUCUGGACCAUCAUAUGGGAUUCCACAUUCAGGAGGAUUAUCAUCUGGCAGUCUAUCCUCUGUGGAUAACACUACAGGAGGAUUAUGGGCAUCAAAUGGUCAACAAUGGGGCACACCACCAAAUGCUCAACAAUGGGGUUCAUUCCAAGCUUCUCUACAAUGGGGAACACCACCAACUGCUCAACUGUGGGGCACACCACCAAAUGCUCAACAAUAG